AUCCAAUAUACGAUAUACGAUCGUAUCCAUAUCCACAUGGGCUGGAUUCUCUGCCGAGCAUAUGACUAUGUCAGCAAAUGAUGAUCCUUAGGGCUGUCCGCGAUUGCUCCUCUGGCAAGAGCUCAGCAGCAGAAGCUCCCGCAAGCUGCAAGCUUGAUGGGGCCGUGGGGUCGGGUCGGGAUCAUCUUUUUCCCCACGAACAGCUUCAGAUUGCAGAGAGAUCGAUUACUCUCCCGGGAGGAAGACUGAAUGGCAAACGGAUUGUAAUCACUCCAGUUCAUCGAUGAGUUUGGACCUCGGCCAUGGCGUCUACAAGAGCCGAGCGACAAUCCCUCACAUCAAAAGGCUAAAGUCUUUCUUUGGUUGAUCUGGAGACUAGGCUUUGCAGUUGAAUUCUCGUCCGUGUUUCGCCUGCUGUGGAUUAUCACUUAGGACUCACGACGAAUAACCAAAAGGCCUUGGAAACAUUGGUGCGCAGGAGGAUUCCAGCUCUGGAACCCACGCUGGAGAUUUGAAGGAGUGGAACGCAUGGACGUUUUCAACACCAUCCUCUGGGGGCUGUAAGUUUGGUUCCAUCAUCUCUAAAGUCUUUUUUUUGUUCACUUUUUUCUUCCAGAUCUUUUGGAAAGCUGCUCCAGAGCAUCUGGCAUAGCUCAGGAAAUGAUCUAAGGAAGCAUUGAGCUCUAUCCAUCCUGGCCUGACCAGCAGCUACCAGAUUCAAGUCUACACAGAUUGUGUGAGCCCGAAUAAUCGAAGCUUUUUACUGUUCCCUAGGGUUUUCCGGGAGCAAGCGCGGAAUGGCGUCUCUCGAGGAGCCUUUGAUCGUAGUCUCCGACGCGAUAGCCAGUCUCCCGGACGCGACAGCGAGUCUCCAGGACGAGCUCCACGUUGUGCCACAUCAGCACCACGUCGUACCACACCAGCGCCAGCAGGACGCGCCAGAGCGACACCAGCACCAGGACGAGCGCCACCAGGAGACGCUGAUGGAAAAGGCAUUCAAGAUAUCAGCUGUCCUUGCAUCGGUAAUUCUGUAUGUCAUGCCGGUUUUCCUCGCGAAAACAGCGUUACUCCCGGGGACUCAACUAGCCAUUUUAUAUGGCACUUCGACUUUGAACUGCAUAAGCUGGUUUGUCUAUGGCCGAAUUGAACAAGAUGUGGUGGUGGAAAACGUGAACCUCUUUGGGCUUGUAACAGGGCUCAUGUUUACCGUGCAUACUGUCGGCGAUGUUACCUGGUGGCCUGUGCUAUCGCUGGGUGGUUCAUUCGUGUGGCCGCUUCUUGUUGCAGUGGCUUACUACGCUUUUCUCUACGGGUUGUACGGGAACUUCAAAAAGGAGAAAGUGUGCUGCUGCGAACUCACAGUCAUGGAGUUUUCUGGUGUCGCCACCACUGUCCUUGCUUCAGCGGUGCCCUUGUGCUUUCGUGCUGUGACGAUGAUCAGCACUACCAGCAAAGCCACAGGGUCUCCUCUCGUUCCACUGAUGGCGACGGCAUGUAACAUCCUGUGGGCUGCUUACACCCAUAUGGCAAAAAAGAAAGCCAUGCGUGCUGCUAGCAUUUCAGCAGCUCUGCUAGCUGGAGCCCUCUCCAUCCUCUCGGUGAAAGAGAGGAUGCUUUGACAUCAUGCUUACUUCUCAGCUCACUUGCGUCACACUUUUUUUCUCUACAGAAUGUAGAGCUUGUCGUUUUUUUGGAACUCUACGCGUCCCGUAGAGUUCACGCGAGAAUAAAACGAACGAAGUCUUGACGCACACUGCCACGUAAGAUCUCGCAUGAAUCGGUUCUGUAACGUGGCCAAACUGUUGAAAUGAAUCGGAGGAAACCAAGUAACUGUCAAAGCUCGGAUGGAGAUGGAUAAGCUACAGGAUAGUUUUUACUUAUCCCAUUCUGCUGUCCAUGUCGCAGCAAUCGGGAACGCUCGUCAAGUGGACGAGUGGCUUUGCCAUAGCUGAGAAGGUAGAGUAGUCGCCUGCCCAUUCGUUUUUCCAUGUAGGCAGACAUAACGGCUCGGGAUUAUCUGGAGAUCACGAGAGUUUCUGUUCGUGUUCGGAUAAAGAUGGAGGCUGAUGCACAUGAACCAAAUUCACUGCUGGACUCGAAUCGGGAUCCCUCGGACUUGUUUUCCACAGCAUGCAACGAUGUGUUUUUGGAUUAGCAGUGGAUUGGAGCAAGCUGACACUACGGCCAUGGCAACGAGUAUGCUUGACAACCAGCCUGGCCUUGGAUAUCGUGUCGUCGCAGUUUAACUUCAAACGAAUCCUCGGCACCUACACUCACCGGGAAAGCAACUUGAGACUGUCCUAAAGGAGUCGACGGGUCUGGACGACCAUUGUGCUGAGCUCGAGGGCACACUUAUCAACGUCUGACCAUUACGACUCAAGCAGAGGAUACACAAAAGGAUCCCGUAGCCACCGAUUUGGACAAGCACUCGAGCUUUAGUUCCAUCAGCACGGACAUGGACGAACUUUCAGUUAUUUGAGUGGCACCUAUCGCAAGUAUUCAAGAGGACGUCUCUGUCAGCAAGACGACUUUCAACGCUGUUGCAAUUCUUUUCGAAGAUUUUGGAGCAGACUCUGUGACGGACGUUAAGGGAAAGGAGAAACAGCUGCGACAAUGAGCUAAGUCCAAUGUAGCAAAAAGGAAGAGAUCCGUCUUGUAGAUGUGAUGGAGAAACUUUUCAGAGCAUUUUUGGAGC